UCUCAAGUUGUCUUAAAAUGACAGUCACAGUCAGAAUAACGUGACCGGAUUUUAAAUGUCCGAGAUAUUUAGAACUCUAGGCAUGAGCUCACCAUGUAAUGUAAUAUACCUUCUAACUCUGAGAGAACAUUGAGCAAAAUCGAUAGUUUUUAUUGCCUUUGCAAAUUCAGGAUGAUUCAAGAAGAGUGAGUCUCUGCGUUGAGGUUAGGAUUAUUUAGUUACUGUUUUGUGUUUGUCACUGUCAGUGUACAAACGCUCCUUCCGAUUUCUACCAAGUGUCAUGGUUUUGUGAAAAAUACUUUUUUGUAACACGCCGGAAAACAACAUAUGUCUCCUUCGUCUAUUUCGAAUUAUGUGCUAACGCUAAGUUAGGACACCUUUGAGGAAAAUUCAUGCAGAAGAUUUAUAAGAAGGCAGACAAAUGAGGUAUGACUGGAGCUUAGAAGAGCCAGCUGGGUAGCCGUUGGUUCCUCGCUAUGGCCAAGAUUGAGGUUAACUGAGGAUGUCUCAAACCGCGGAUGCUGAGAGCGAGGCAGGCUCCAUUUGUGACGAAGAACGAGUAAGAAAACUGUUUCAAGCAUGCGACGGAGACGGCGACGGCUUUAUAGACAGUCAAGACCUGCUGAUUGUAUGCAGAGAGCUAAAUCUGGAAAAUUCCGUAGAGGAGCUGAUGAGAGAGUUAGGUGCUGAUGAACACGGUCGGAUUUCCUAUCAAGAGUUUUUUAGACGCCGUUUAGCUUUACGUCCGGAAAUCGAGGCACUUAGAUCCGGAAAGCAUAGAGCCAGUCCGCAAACUCACACUCCAGAAUACCUUCCAACCAGCAGCGAUAAUAGCCUUGGAACAGUAUCAGGUCGACAUGAAAGUUGGGAAUUCGAUAGUGGUGCCCGUGACCUUUCACCGGAACCUCACACAUUGCAAAAACUAGUGGAAGCUGCUGCAGGUGGAACCGGCAACAUGUUGGAGCUUGCGAACAAGUUGCAAGUUGCAGCUCUCUCAUCCCUACGAUCUGAAGUAGCAGAAUUGAAUUCGAGACUCUUGGUGACAAUUCGUGCAAGAGAAGCCGCUGAAACAGCUAUGAUUAGAGCAGAAACUCAGGCUGCAAGGGCGGAACAAAGGGUAGAACAGCAAAAUUCUAGACACGAGGAAAGACUGACCGAACUUCACUCAGUAAUAGCUGAACUUGGUAGACAAUUGGAAAGACAACGAGCAAACGUUAUUACGGAAGAAGAUGAAUCUGAAGUCGAAACAAGUAGAGAUGCAGAAGGUUCAAUCACAAAUCCGGUAGAAGAAAGCGAAGGGUUCAUUCAAGGAGAUGGAGACAGAACUUUGGGAGACGCGGAUUCCAGUUUCUGCGAAGAUGUUACAACAAGGCCCAAUGAAGACAGGGACACAUUGGAAAGUCCUGCAGCUUUGCCAACGCCUGAAACUACUCAGCAAGCAGUUUCCUAUCAAAGUGUGGCUGUUGAGGCUCUCCAAGAUGAAGUCACGGCUCUUAGGUCAGAAAUCUCCACCCUGCAAACUCAACUUGCCCAAUGCAGGAAUCAGUCGCAUGGACAGAGUUCGGUUCAACCCACCUGCAGUGAUUCUCCUCGUCGAGACUUAAGGACUAGAGGAAAUAUAAGUUCGCCUGAACCUCUAACAGCGCCUUGCUCUCCACUAUUACCACCCUUGCAAACACCACCUACGUCUAGAAGCGUUACACGGGAAGAAGCGCCUAUUUUGAAGAUGGCAGAAAGAGUGAGACUUAGGAGAACUGACGAGAGGCACAUCACAGGCCCUGACAUCACCAAUCUUGGGGUUUGUUCGACCAUGGUUGCUGAACAUUUAGUGUCAGAUUUACUAGAGCACUCGAACAUUCAAGAAUUGAAUGGAUCAGAGAAGCAAUUUGAAGUAGAAACGGAAAGACUUAAUAGUAGAUUGGAACACGCGCGUGCCAAUAAUGCCGUCCUCGCUUUGACACUUCACGAAAGUAAAGCCCAAUGUGACAGAUUGAGUCUUCUAGUUGGAAAAUAUGAGUCCAAUGCAACAGCUUUACGACUCGCACUAUCAUAUACGGAUAGAGCUAUUGAAGCAUAUGAUGUGCUUGUUGCGCUUUUAGAGAGCGAUUUGGCUUUAUCUGCUGAACGAAGCAAUAUUACUAUCGAUAAUAGAAGGGCUGCCGAAAAUGUGGCUUACCAUGUUUUAAACAGGCUUGAAAACGACUGUUCUCAUCUCAGUGCACCUUGGGAAGACAGCUUGAUUUUAUCCGAUGAAUCGGAAAUUACAUGGAGUGAAGACAAUGAGCAGCGCUUGCGAAGACACAUUAGCAAACUAAAAGGGGAACGUUCUAUGGUGCGAUCAACGACAGUAGAGCUUGAAAGUGUUCAUGCUGAGCCGCUAAAUUCGAAGCAUACGAUAUCUUUAGCUGAAGCUCGAAAAUUAGAUUUAGAGACUGCCGUUCUCAUGCAGGAGUUGAUGGCCAUGCGAGAAGAUAAGGCUGAAUUGCGAGCUCGAGUGUUCCUGCUCGAAAAGGAAAGGGCGACGAUAGAACUUAAAUUAGGUGCGCGAGAUGCACAACUCGCAGCACAGCAUGCCGCUAUUCAGCAUCUGCAAACUCAACUUGCUGAUACGGAAACAAUGCUUGCAAUGGCGACAAAUAAGGGCGCUUGUUCUGACCUUGGAAAAGUCCAAGAAAAAAUAUCAAUCAAGACUGAAAAAAAUGGAGCAACAAAUGAUGGGAAUGAUGGAAAGUCAUGCAGCACAGGAAACGAUUCAGUCAAUUUGAUGCACAUUCACCUCGAAAUGAAGUUAACCUAACUGAGAAGGAUGAAACACAAAUAGAUGCUAUUGAUGAAGGACAAGUAGAAAAAAUGGACAAAGAUCCAGACUUUUUAUUAUCACCAAUUACAAUGACGAAUGUAAGGAUGAUUAUCACGCAGCAUGCGUUGAUAAUCUGAUUUAAAUAAAAGAAUAGUUUGCGGAGACUGCUGACCCCUUAGAAAAUAAUUUGUUUCUAACUCUGGCACCUAAAUCAUGGGGCCGCAGGAAAUUAAUUAAGGAAUUUAAUACAUCUGAACGGCAAGCUAAAAAAAGCCAAGAAACGUGUGGUCAAAAAGGAAUCCUGGCAUCGCCCGACCCGAAAUUGGAGAAAAAAUUGCCAGUGGAAAUUGAAAUUUGAGAACAGCAUUUCUACGAGGACGAUGAUAAUGUUGCUUGACGUCAGGUAUGAAGGGCUUUGUAUCAGUAAAACUAGAAGAUGGCUCCUGUAAACAAGUUCAGAAACUAUUGGUAUUAUGGAAUCUUGCAGAGUUAUUUCAGCAUUUUCAAACUGAGCUUCCAGAAGUUAAAAUAGGAUUUUCUAAAUUUGUACAGCUUAGACCGCGCCACUGCGUUCUGUCCGUUGAAAGUAGCACGCAUUCGGUUUGUGUUUGUGUCCAUCACGAAAAUGUUAACUUAAUGUUGGAUUCAAUAGUUUUAGAAUGGUUGAGGGAAAAUUGCGGCAUCCUUUUAAAAGAUUAUCAUGAUUGUUUUAAGUUAAUUAGUUGCAAAACUCCUUCAGAAGCCUGCUAUUUGAACGAAUGUUAAUCUUGCCCCAAGUUAGAUACACUAAAAGAAUAUCUUAAUAAAAUUUUGGAUGAAAAUUGUAUCACUGAAGUUACAUAUUCAUCUUGGAGACACACUGAUAGAAGUUUAUUAAAAACCCAAGUAGCUGAAAGUAAUGAUUUCAUAGAAGACUUCUGUAACCAACUUUUGAAGUUAAAAUCCCGUUCAUUUAAUGCAAAACAACAAUCACUGUUUAUGAAAGAGCUUAAAAUUAAGCUACAAGAGGGUGAGUUCUUAAUUCAAUUUGAUUUUGCGGAGAACAUCGCUUUCGUUGUGCAAAAUGCUAUUCUUUACGGAUGCAGCAGGGCCAGCAUUUUAAAAACAAGUACAGCUCUGCCAACCUCUUGCAACAUGAACAAGAUUUUGGCUUUCCUGCAUCAAGACACCUUCAUGCUACCGCUCAUAGAAAAUGGGCAUGUGGUGUUAUUGGCGAAAAUCUGAAACGACUAGCCGCAAAAACAAGCUUACAGCGUUCAUCGGAAAACCAGAUUCUAAAUGCUUACGCUUUACUUGCAUGGACACGCGAAAGUAUCAAAGAAACGGUUGUACUGUUUAGUUCUAAGGAAAAUUACAAUGAGAUGACCUUAAAACUUCAAGAUAGAUUUAAUAAAGCAAUUGCGAUUUUGGGCACAAAACAAUAUGAUGCGUUUCUUCCAAACAACGAAGGCAAAAUCAUUGCUAAAAGAAUUGGAUUUUCUAUAGAUCUUUCCGAAUACCUUACAAAGAGAAACGUAAAACUAUUUUCAAAAGAGAAAACCCCUACUGAAAAAAGUAGGUGGCGUCUAAACGAUAAAGUAUCGUUUAAGUAGAAAUUCAGAAGUCGCAUUGAGCUCCACUCGAGCGCGUAAGGGUGGCGUUUGGCGAGCUACAGGAUGCCUCCAUUCAUAUUUUGUUCUGUAACUCGAAAACCAAGCCUCAGCUCAUAA